AUGCCUCCACACCGAAAUGUGCCGAGUAAUACACCUUCCAUAAAGCCUGUCAAGCCGGAGCGAACACUGCGCUCCCACGAGGAGAACCAAGAGAGAGCCUACAUUGCCGCGUCGCGACGAAGCGACCGCAGUCUUGAGGCUCGAGUUGAGUCAGCACGAAGAGCCUCCGAUAUCCACAAGAAGCGCACCGGGCGGGCGCUGCGCGUCACCGAGCAAGAUGUGAUGAAUGAGGAAAUGUACGAGGAGGAAGAUGAUGACAUUCCUUGGAGAUAUCGCAGUGUCACAUCGCACCUUCCUCUUGAGGAUGGCCUGCUUAGCCGUCGGUUGCAGUCGAUGCUGUCAGUUCAGCUUGAACAUCAAAGAUUGCUUGGCCAAGCUGUCAACAGCACACUCGAGCACAACCCACAGUUUCGCAACCAGGACUUCAGGAACCAGGCACAGUUCGUCAGCCCGAACAUGAUGCAGAUGCCACAGUUUAACCAGAACUCCAUGAUGCCUCCACAACAGCUCAACAGGAGCCCUACAAGCUCUCGACACAGUCCAUACCCCAUGCAGCAGGCUCAACAGCAGCAACAGAUGAAGCCGCAGUACCACCAACGGUCAGCAUCGAUUGCUACACCACAGGAGUGGUCUUCACACUAUCAAUACAACCAGUCCGGUCGGACAACACCUGCACCGGCUGCCACUGGAGAUGAGCGUCGCAUGUCCGUACCGCAGAACCCGGUGCAGCAAGCGCAGAGGUCUUCGAGCUAUUCAUCACACCCAUCAGCUCCAGCAACACCUGCCUUCCAGCAACCGUCGGCUGUCUCGCCCGAGCAGCAAACCCAGCAAAGCGCAUCGCCCUACCAGACGAUGAGCCACGCCAUUGGACCUUUCACAACGAACCUCCCGAUGGACACGCAGCAGCUACUCGCGGGAUCAGACAACUACCCAGCCUUUGACCUCUUCGGGCCGUCAAACGACUUCCCCAUGAAGGUCCCGCAGCAGCCGUUCUACAGCUACAAGCCCAAUGCAUCCAGUGGCAAUUCGAAGACUUUGCCAAACACUUCCGUCGGCCUCGACCAGACCCUCGGCACAGCUUUGGACACGAACUUGACCUGCGAUACGAACAGCGGUCCCUACGACACACCGAACUCUGCCAGCACCGGACCUCUCAACUCAGCAUUCACCGAGCCCGGCUAUGGUUUCGGCUUCGACGGCACCAUGGGCAGCAUGUUCGGCAUGGACCCGUUCGGUGGCGCCAGUGGUGGCAACAGCGGGCACGUCACUCCUGGCAUUCCCGGCUACAACGAGCCGCUGUUCAACGACUUUCUUGAACAGGACAUUUACGGCGACAUCCACGCUGGUCCCGCUUGA